GUAAUUUCGAAACUAUUUAAGCCAUCAAGAUAAACAUCCGUUUGUGGCCUCGCUGGGUGGCUUUUCUGGCCUUCCGUCUUGACUGUCUAACUUGGUGAGCUUCAGUCUAUAGCUUGAACUACUUACCCAGUUCAUCAUUCAAUCCCAUGACUGUUGUCAUAGCUGAGUCUUGUUUCUAGAGAACUGGUCUUACUGCCUAGCCUGAUAUAGACAAUCAACAAAUGACCAUAGCGCCUUGUGUCUUCUACCAGAAGCAAAUCAUAAGAGGAAAAGACCAAUUUUAUGCUCUUUUAAGCUCUUCGUGGCAAAACAUGGAGCUGAUCAAUACAACCACUUUGUCAAACACCUCCAGUGUAGACCUAGACCACUGUGACUUGCGUUGUAGGAGGAUUCUGAUAGCACUGUACAGCGUGGUUUUGCUCGGAGGCACUGCCGGAACCGUUAUGAUGUCACGGAUGAUGUUCAAAAGGAAGAGUCAGUCAAUGAUUGCCACAAUCAUCGUCAAUAUUAUAGUGCUACACUCGAUCCUUCUGGUCACUCUUCCAUUCCGCCUCAGCUAUUACGUAUCAGUUGUCUGGAAGUUUGGAUCAUUUACCUGCCGAGUGGUUAGCAGCAUAAUAUAUGGUCAUAUGUACUUUACCUUUGUUUUCUAUGUGGUCAUUGUCAUAUUGCGACUACUCAUCUAUUUUAAAAAACUCCAAAUGCAACGUUUGCAGAGGUACCAUGCAGUAGUUUUAAGCAUUACUGUUUGGAUGGUGGGGAGCCUCAUUUUUUUGCCAGUAUUUUUCUUAAAAUAUGGCAUAGAUCCAAGUCACUCAGAACAACAUCGAUGCUUUGAGUUCUACAAAGAUCUCAACUGCAGGGAAUUAAUCAUCAUAAACUAUUCUAUCAUUGUCUUUAUGAUGACAAUCGUUGUGGUCCUCUUUCUAAUAAAGAUGGCUGUCAUUUUUCAACUGGCUAAGACUCAUUGGCCUGACACGUGGGCCCAUCAAGAGUAUAGAGCUCAAAUCAAGAGCCUCUUCUUCCUCCUAGUAAUAGUUGUGUGUUUUAUUCCCCAUCAUGUAUUCCGGAUACACUUUAUUCAAAAUUUUUCAGAGAUAGAAGAUUCUCAGUUAGUUCUUUAUAAUGAAAUUUGUAUUGCAUUAACUACUGUCUGUUGCCUAGAUAUGCUGUGUUUCAUACGUGGAGUUAUUCAUUAAGCACCUACCUCACUUGCUUUGUAAUCAGUUUCCCCACUACUGUCAAGAAACAGUUUCAAUGCAUUGGGUGCCACUGUGAUUUCAAAAAUCUUCAAAUUCUCUGCUCUUCAUGGUCACCAAAAUUAUUUUUCUAUUAAAAGUUAAUGAAAAUUGAUUAUGUCCCUCUCCUUAAAGAACCGUUACCAGCUCGUCAUUAACCAUAGAAUAUAUUCAAUCUCCUUAACCCCACACAAUUUAGCUUCAUCCAACCCUUCUAGAUUCAGCUCCAACCACUUUCCUUCAGGUGGUAUUUAUUCCAGUUGAACACAGCUCCUAGCUUUCCUUGUGUCCUCUACAGGCUGUUCUCCUCUAUGCAUUUGCUCUCACCUGAGCUCUGAUCCUAGUGUGUUCUUUCUCUCCUCUAAACUUUAGUCAUUCUUCAAGGUCCAGAGAACCCAGAGGCAGGGACUCUAUAGAUGAACCGAACUCUAGAGAGGCCUCAACUGAUUUACCUUCCACUUAACUUGAGGUAACUGCCUCUUGAAAACCCCUUAGAGCCAGUAAGCUAUAGCUUCUGGCUUUGGUAUUUGGAGGAAAGCAUUAGUUCAGAUAUAGUAGUCAAGAGAGUUGUAGGAAACCUUUUCAGGAGUGAGUAAGCGUUGAUGUGAUUUGACUGCGAUUGAGACAUAGUAGGUACCAAGGAACCGGAGUUUACUUUCCAGAUCUAGCCUCUCAGACAUGAAUCCAUUAAGUAGGAAAAAAAAAAAAAAAAAAAAAGAUUGAAGAAGAAAGAAAGCAGGUAGACUUAAAUUUGGUCUCAGCUUGCCAGCAGAAUGUAUUAGAGCCCAAGCUUUGAGACUGUGGACUAUUCUUAAGUUUUUUUUUAAGGGAUCCUGUAUGUGCUCGGCUGAUAACUGAAAGAAAGGUUGGCAGUUCGAACCCACCAGCCACUCUGUGGGAGAAAGACGUGACAGCGAUGGGUUUGGUUUUGGUUUUGUAUGACCAUAAGUAAAAUCAACACUGGAAUGGAUUAAACUAAAUAAAAACAACCAAGAAAGUCAACUUAGAUUCUAAUUAUUUAAUAUAGAAUUUGACUUACUCUUAAGCUUUGCUUAUAAUAAUAGUGCCUUUGAGACUUUAUAUUUAAUGAAUCAAAUAACCAAACAAUGCCCUUAGUGGUUAAGAAGGCAGGAUAGUUUAUGUAAAAGAAUUUUGGAGUAAUUCAGAGUUCUGAAUUUAAAACUUCAAAAUCUUUGUUGAGGUAUUUACAAUCUCUGAGCCCCAGUGUCCUGUAUUACAGGGCUUUGGUGGAGCUGAAACAAGACAUGUGCUAAAUUACUGGCAUAGUGCCUGCCAUGUGGUACUCAAAAUAAUAUUAAUCCUCUUUCCUAAUUCACUAAUACCUGUUUGCAAGAAAAUUUCAAUACAAGUCUUAACCACCCCCUGCCAAAAAAAAAACAAAAAACCCAAACCA